AUGGCUGCCGUUGCCAUGACACCCAACCCUGUGCAGACCCUUCAGGAGGAGGCGGUGUGCGCCAUCUGCCUCGAUUACUUCACGGACCCCGUGUCCAUCGGCUGCGGGCACAACUUCUGCCGAGUGUGUGUAACCCAGUUGUGGGGUGGGGAGGAUGAGGAGGACAGAGAUGAGUUGGAUCGGGAGGAGGAGGAGGAGGACGUCGGAGAGGAGGAAGAAGUGGAGGCUGUCGGGGCGGGCGGGGGUUGGGACACCCCCAUGCGAGAUGAAGAUUAUGAAGGUGACAUGGAGGAAGAGGCCGAGGAGGAAGAGGAAGGUGUGUUCUGGAGCAGCGGUUUAGGCGGGUCCAACUGGGACAACAUGGACUAUGUGUGGGAGGAGGAGGAGGAGGAGGAAGAUCUGGACUAUUACCUGGAGGACGUGGAGGAACUGAGGGGGGAAGAUGAGGAUGAAGAGGAGGAAGUGCUGGAGGAAGAUGAGGAAGAGGAGCUGGACCCAAUCACCCAAAUUCCACCGCCACCUCCCGCCCCUCGGAGGUGCUUCACCUGUCCCCAGUGUCGAAAAAGUUUUCCUCGGCGGAGCUUCCGCCCCAACCUGCAGUUGGCCAACAUGGUCCAGGUGAUCCGUCAGAUGCAUCCCACCCCUGGCCGAGGAAGUCGAGUGAAUGAACAGGGCAUCUGUCCGAGACACCAGGAAGCCCUGAAGCUGUUCUGCGAGGUGGAUGAAGAAGCCAUCUGUGUGGUGUGCAGAGAAUCCAGGAGUCACAAACAGCACAGUGUGGUGCCAUUGGAGGAGGUGGUGCAGGAGUACAAGGCCAAGCUACAAAGGCACGUGGAACCACUUAGGAAGCACUUAGAGGCUGUGCAGAAGAUGAAGGCCAAGGAGGAGAGGCGGGUAACAGAGUUGAAGAAUGGUGUCUCCAUGCCUGCCUCUGCGUCUUCCCAGAGUCAGAUGAAGUCAGAGCUGGCAGCUGUGGCCUCAGAGUUUGGGCGGCUAACACGCUUUCUGGCUGAAGAGCAAGCGGGACUAGAACGGCGCCUCCGGGAGAUGCACGAAGCUCAGCUGGGACGAGCAGGAGCAGCAGCCAGUCGUCUUGAGGAGCAGGCUGCCCAGCUAAGUCGCCUGCUUGCUGAGGCCCAGGAACGGAGCCAGCAGGGGGGCCUGCGGCUACUGCAAGACAUCAAGGAGACUUUCAAUAGGUGUGAAGAGAUACAGUUGCAGCCCCCAGAGAUUUGGUCUCCUGACCCAUGCCAACCCCAUAGCCACGACUUCCUGACUGAUGCCAUCGUGAGGAAAAUGAGCCGGAUGUUCUGUCAGGCUGCAAGAGUGGACCUGACGCUGGACCCUGACACAGCUCAUCCAGCCCUGAUGUUGUCCCCUGAUCGUCGUGGGGUCCGCCUAGCAGACCGUCGGCAGGAGGUUCCUGAACAUUCCAAGCGCUUCUCAGCUGACUGCUGUGUACUGGGGGCCCAGGGCUUUCGCUCUGGUCGGCACUACUGGGAAGUAGAGGUGGGUGGGCGGCGGGGCUGGGCAGUUGGUGCUGCCCGUGAAUCAACCCAUCAUAAAGAAAAAGUGGGUUCUGGGGGUUCCUCUGUUAGCAGCGGGGAUGCCAGCUCCUCACGCCAUCACCACCGUCGCCGCCGCCUUCACCUGCCUCAGCAGCUCCUGCUCCAGCGGGAAGUGUGGUGUGUGGGCACCCACGGCAAACGAUACCAAGCACAGAGCUCAACAGAGCAGACACUGCUGAGCCCAUGCGAGAAACCACGGCGCUUUGGCGUAUACCUGGACUAUGAGGCUGGGCGCCUGGGCUUCUACAAUGCAGAUACCUUAGCCCACGUGCACACUUUUUCAGCUGCCUUCCUCGGCGAGCGAGUCUUCCCUUUCUUCCGGGUGCUUUCCAAGGGUACCCGAAUCAAGCUUUGCCCUUGAUUAGCCUGCCACCCGCAGGGGCCCCCUCUGGUCGCCACUGGGGGGGGCGGGUGGUGGUGGAUGGUUGCCCACUAAUUUGGGAGCUCAGGCUCCUCCCACUGUUUGUUACUGAGUUGCUUCCUGCUCCCCCUUGAACCCAGGCUGCUUCUCCCUCUAGGAGCUAAAAAAAAAAAAAAAAAAAAACCCUCCUAGAUUUCCUCCAGCUCAGUUUCUCUCAACUAAUUUGUCUGACAAGGUCUGCAUGGGUCCCUGAUAAUCAACAGCUGCCUGACCUUCCCUCCCUGUCUACCUAGCUCAGUCCAGCCCUGGGUCCCAGUGUUUGGAGUAGGGGGACGAACAGAGAUCAUAAAUCUCAUUCCGAAACUUCCUUUUUCCCCACCUCUACUCUUCAGGCUGCUAUUUCUGAGGCUGGAGGGUUUGGAUAAGACUUACUCCAAUUCCAUGUUUUGGUGCAGGCUUCAGCUGAGGGAUUUUGGAAGCUUUGUGGGGAGUCAAGUUGGGCAAAAGGGUAGAGCUGUGUAAAGUCUACUUUUUCUUGGGGGAGUAGGAACUCUUUUUAAGUUUUCCUUCCAUCCCCAAUUUCUACCUCCAUAGACUGGCCAGACUUUAGCUGCAGUGAGAUCUGGAAUGGUCAACACGACACCACAUACCAUUACAUCACCCAAUAAAUUAUUUUCUCUGUAUCUUAGUUUUCUUAGGAGGGCAUGCCCCUCAGACCUCCAACCCCCUACUGCCAGGCUCUUUGCUGGCAGUGAAUUUUGGUUUCUGGCCUCUCUCCAUGCCUUUUAGUUCCAUUGGUAAACCCUGUUGGGGAGUGUGGGACAGGGGUCUGGAUCCUUUGGAGAGCCUUGGGUAUAAUCUAUUUUUCUAGUAACCCCCUGCCUUCUGUCACUUAACAGCUUUUGUCCUCCGCUUUGGCGGCUGAGGUCAAUUCAUGUUCUUUGGGGAAAGGUGGGUUGCGUUGCAAAAAAUAAAGUUUAUUUGCUUCU